AUGUCGCUUGCUUGUGGCCCCGAGCAGUUCGCGGUACUGCCGACUUUGGCUGUUUCAGGAGCUGUGGUCGUGGCCACCGUCGCCUACCGCACCUCGGUGUCUUCUCGUGGGGGCCGGGAGCGCGAGUGGCGGAAGCGUCGGGCCGGCGAGCUCCUGGGCGAGGAGACGAAUGCGGUCGAACCCAAAGCGGUCGGCCGAAGCCGUGCACCGCAGGAGAAGCAGAAGGAGAGGGAGAGCAACUCGCAGCUCUCCGCCCGAAGCGCCGCGCGCGCCGUGCACGAGGAUCGCGUCGUGCUCAUUGACAGGGAGGGCUACCUGGCGGCGCGUGCGCACCUUCGCCUCGCCACUUCCUGCCUGGCGGGCGCCAGCAUUGCCGCAGCCGCCCAGCCUGGCGGGUCCGACAUGAUCUUCGCACUGAGCCGUUUCAUUCUGCUUCUGCUCCUGGUAUGGGAGGCCUUCCAGAGUGCAGCAGGUCGGAUCGGUUCCUGCUCGGGCUUGCUCAGCCUUGAGCGCCAGCGCCUCGCGCCAGCUGCGCCUCUGCUCGGAGCUGCGAAGCGCCGGGGCGCCGGGGAAUCGCUUCUUUCGGGCUUGGGGCCAGCCUCGGCAUCGCAGCAGAGCUUGGAGCGCAUGCGCCUUGGGGCGCUGCACUGCUUGGCGCUGGGGCUCCUGAUCUGGUUCGAGGUCGUUCGCCACCCGGAACUCAAAAGCGCGGCUUGCGAGGGCCACGAGGCCUCUGCAGCGGCGCUGCUGACGGAGAGGGCCUCAGCGCUGACCAUGGUCGUGGCCUGGCUCUUUGCCGCGCUGACGCGCACGGCAGCCUGGCGCUGUGAGGCCUGUGUGUGGCUUGCUCCACGCGCGGAGGAGUUGCUGUCGGAGUACAUCGACAGUGACCGGCGCACGCCCCAAACUAGUUUGAGACAGUCCGGGGUGUUGGGCUCAUGCAAAUUUGCAAGCCCCGAACCUGGGGACCUCUGGGGCUUGCAUGAGGCCACCGCUGCAGUUUGUGCUCUCACCAGAUUCCUCUGCAGGUUCGCAGUAAGGGCUUCUCAAAAGCAAAACUGA